ACACACAUCGAAAGAGGGGAAGGGAGAGAAAGCUAAGGAAGGGAAAUCACUCUUCUAUUCACGGAGGAGUCCACUUUAUAGUAUCUAUCAUGGAUGCCGAAGCUAUCAUUUCUGAUUAUGUUUCUCCUGAGGAUUUGAAGCUCGUAUCUUUUGUCAUCAAGUCCAGUCACACAGUAGUUUCAUUUGAAGUGUCUGCAUUUCAUAUCCUGUCUAGGAUAGGACAAGUUAUGUUCCAUGUUGUGCGAGAACAAAACAAUUUGGAUUUUUCAAUAUCGAUCGAGCACACUGAAGAUCAAUAAGAGAGAGAGAGAAGGGAAGAAGUGUGUGUGUUACAGUGAAUUAAAUGAAUUAACAAUCUUAAUAAAAUUCAAGUAUGAACAGCUGUAUCUCAGUCAAGAGAAGCGAGGAGUGAUCCACGAAAGCACCUACUUUGAUUAUGCUCUCUGUUUAAUUCGGAGCAAAUAUUCAAACGACAUUCGGAAAGGAAUAGCAUUUCUUCAAGAUAUUCUACAGAAAACUAAUGAUGAUCAAUCUCGCCGAGACUACCUCUAUUAUCUUGCCGUGGGCUUUACCAAGUUGAAAGAAUAUGAACAUGCGCUACAAUACAUAAAGAUGGUUUUGAAUCUUCAGCCUGAUAAUCGCCAAGCAAUUAGCAUGGAGCAGUUUAUCAAGAAGAAAUUAACCCGAGAAGGCCUGAUGGGAAUGGCUAUAAUUGGCGGUGCCGUACUAACUAUUGGAAGUCUGGUUGGUCUUGGAGUUGCUUUGGCCAAGAAAUAAAAUGGAGAAUGGACCUUAAUGUUGGACAUUGAAAGUUCAACUUGAUGAACUCUUUGGCUGUGCUGAAAAAAAAAAAAGAAAGAAAAAUUCAAAACUAAAUGCAGACACAUGCAAAUACCUACACACAUGCAUACACUUCCACAUGGUUGUACACACACACACAUGUGUAUGUGUGCACCUGCACGCACACACCUACAUGUAUAAAAGUUCGAUAUUAGUUGUUAAUAACUAACUUUUGAAAAAUAAACUUUUGUUUAAAAUUUUUUCCUCAAAGACUAUAGAGCAUUCUCACCAGCUGGUGCUUUAAAGCUAUUGCGACCGUCUUAGCACACAUCAUCAUCAUCAUCACCAUCACCAUCACCAUUUUUGUUAAUAUCACUACUAUUAUUAUUAAUAUCAUCAUUCAAAGCAACAAGCUGGCAGAAUUGUUAGCAUGCCGAGCAAAAUGCUUAGCAGCAUUUCAUCUGUGUUUAUGUUCUGAGUUCAAGUUCCGCCAAGGCUGACUUUGCCUUUCAUCCUUUCGGGGUCGAUAAAAUAAGUACCAGCUGAGUACUGGGGGUCGAUGUAAUGGACUUGCCCCCUCUCCUGAAAUUGCUGGCCUUGUGCCAAAAUUUGAAAUCAUCAUCAUUAUGAUUAUGAUUAUAAUUAUAUUUAUUAUUAAGAAUGGUGGAUCGGCAGAAUCACUAGAGCAUUAGAAGCAAUGCUUCACAGUUUUACUUCUGGUUCUUUAUGUUCUGAUUUCAAAACCCACCAAGGUCAACUUUGCCUUUCAUCUCUCUGGGGUUGAUAAAAUAAUAUACCAGUCAAGUACUGGAGGAGGGGGUGGUUGGUGGUAUCAGCUUAUCCCUCCCUUUGGAAUUACUGGCCUUGUACCUAUAUCAGAAGCUAUUAUUAUUAAGGGAAGGAGGACAGAGUUAAACAAAAUACCUUUUGGUGUUUGAUCCUGUUCUUUACAUUCUGUGUUCAAAUCCUGCUGAGGUCAACUUUGCUUUCCAUCCUUCUAAGUGGCAAUAGAAUAAGCACCUGUCAAGUACUAGGGUUCGUAUGAUUAACUAUUCUCCACCCCCACCCCCACCAUCCCCUAAUUUCUGGCUGCAUGUCUGUACUAGAAAUCUGUAUUAUUAUUAUUAUUAUUAUUAUAAUUAUUUAUAAUGUUCAAAUCCUGUCACGGUCAACUUUGCCUUUCAGCCUCCCAGGCUUGAUACGAUAAAGUCCCAUUGAAGAACUGAGGGUCAGUGGUAUCGACUAGCUAGUCCCCUCCCCACUUCUCAAAACUGCUGGCCUUGCCCCUAAAUUAGAAACAAUUAUUAUUUAUAAUAUUAUUCUGCUCGUUAAGAUAUGUGUGUUCCCCCCCCCCCACCGAAUGUUGCGCUUUCUACGAGAAAUGACUCUUAUUGUCUUACACUUCCAGUAUGUCUGCUGAGUUGUGCUUAAUAUUAUAUUGUUACAACACUUUAAGCUAUCAAUGACCUCAAUCCAUUUUCUAGCUCACUAUGAUAAAAAAAAAAAAAUCAAAAAAGGCCCAAAAGACUCUUUUAACCCUUUUGUUACCAAUCCGGCUGAAACCAGCUCUGGCUCUGCGGUAAAAAUGUCUUGUUUUCAUAAGUUUUGAAUUAAAAUCUUCCACCAAAUCUUAGUCACAAUUUAGGUUCCUAACACUAGCUGAAUGAUAACUAAGUUAUUCUACUAAAUUCUUUGUUAUAUUUAAAAUCAAUUGAAAGAAACACAGAGCAUCUCAAAAUAGAUACAGUAAUGAAAGGGUUUUAACAUCGUAUCGGGGACAAUUACACCCCGAGGACAACUACCCUCCCCCAUAGGACAGUACCCCCCCGACGACAACUACCCCCUUGGUUAAUUACCCCCUCUCUAGUAUAUUAAGAAGUUUUAAAUCAUCAUCUGUUGUCCUUGGAUGGGUGGGUUAUUGUCCAUGGGGGUAAAUGUCCUAGACUCAUUAACAUAAACAGUGUUAUGAAGAGCUAUGAAUUUAUGCAUCAUAAUAAAAAUAAGAAAAUUUAUAUAAUGUGAAAUUGUCACAACUUCUGUUGUUAAUUAUUUUUAGGUGGCAAAAGGCCGUGAGCUUUCAGAUUCAUUAGCAUGUUGGGUAAAAUGCUAAAUGGCAUUUCUUUUGGGGUUUUUAUGCUCUAUGUUCAUAUACCACCAUGGUCAACUUAGCUGUUCAUCUUUUCAGAGUCAAUAAAAUAAAGUACCAACUAAAUACUGGGGGUUGAUGUAAUGGACUAGACCCCAUCCCAACAAAAAUUUCAGGCCUUGUGCCCUUUGUAGAAAUAAUUGGAAGAAUCAUUAGCAUGUCUGUCAAAAUGCUUAGGAGCAUUUCUUUUGGGUGUUUCCAUUUUGAGUUCAAGUACCACCAAGGUCAACUUUACCUUUUAUCCCUUUGGGUGGGGGUCGAUAAAAUAAGUACCAUUUGAGCACUGGGGUCGAUGUAAUCGACUUAACUCCUACCCUGAAAUUGCUGGCCCUGUGCCAAAAAUUUAAACCAUUAUUGUUAUUAUUAUUAUUAUUAUUAUUAUUAUUAUUGAGGCAGUGAGCUGGCAAAAUCGUUAGGAUUCCAAGCAAAAUGUUUAGUGGCAUUUCGUCCAUCUUUGUGUUCUGAGUUCAAAUUCUGCCAGGGUUGACUCUGCCUUUCAUCCUUUUGGGGGUCAAUGAAUUAAGUACCAGUCAAGUACUGAGGUCCAUGUGAUUGAUUAACCACCUCUCACCAAAUUUCAGGCCUUGUGCCUUUAGUAGAAAGGAUUAUUAUUAUUAUUAUUAUUAUUAUUAUUAUUAUUAUUAAGGCAGUGAGCUUUAUGUUCUGAGUUCAAAUUCCACUGAGGUCAUUUUGACUUUCAUCCUUUCAGGGUCGAUAAAGUAAGUACCAGUCAAUUACUGGGGUCGAUGUGAUUGACUGUGCCCCUCCCCACAAUCCAGGCCUUGUGCCUAUAGUAGAAAGGAUUGUUACUAUUAUUAUUAUUUCAGGUAGAAAGAAUUAUUUUGGUGAAUUAUCAGCAUUGUUAGAACUUUGGAUAAAAUUCCUUGUGGUAUUUGUAUUUUUGAUCUUUGCAGUCUGGGUUCAAAUUCUACCAUAGUUAACUUAGCAUUUCAUCUUUUCAAGUUGUAGUCAAGUUCUGGGGUUGAUUUCAUUAUCUAUCCUCUUCCCCCAUCUAAAUUUCAGGCCUUGUGUCUAUGCAGAGAAAUAGUUUUUACGAAGAAUGCAGUGAGUGACAGAAUCAGUAUAACAUCAGAUAAAAUGCCUGCAGCUUUCCAUCACAAUCCCUUUUAUGUUUUGAGUUCAAAUCACUCUGAUGGCGAACAAACAAAUACUAGUCAAGUACUGGUGCUUACAAUUGAGGCCUUGUGCCAAUGUAAAAAGAUAAAACAAUCAUUAUGAUUGGAUGAGGGGGACAUCAAAAGUUCAAAUUACAAAAACCAGUGAUGAGUUACAUGGAACUGCAUAUGAGAAAAUAGACAUGACAAAUAAUGGCUUAUUUUCUCUUAUAUGAUUCCAUGUAAGCACCUCCUACCAUUUUUAUAAUUUGCCUUUGUAAUUGCCACAGCAUCCAUUUUCCUGGUGGAAUUCUGUUUUAAGCAUGCUAUAUAACUCCUCAUAACUUUUUUAAUUUUUGCAAUUUUCAGAAAAUUUUUAUGACUUUGUAUUCUACACAUGAGAAUUCAUAUGAUUAUGCAAAAAAAAAAAAAAAAAAAUUUUGCUGCAUGAUUUAAGGGCUAUUUAGCUGUUAAUUUUAGCACAUCACAUGACCACCUCAUACUCUCCUGUUUUUUUGUUGUUGUUAGUCUGAUGUAUUGAUGUUUUUCAAUAUCUUUCUCCUCAUAAAGACAUCUAAUGGGAGUCAAGCCAAAAAUUUGGACUAACUGUAUUUGAAACUUUGAUUUAAAAAUAAAUUCUAAAAAUUAAAAAAAAUAAAAAUUUGUAAAAUAAAAUAAAAUUUUUAUUCCAGUUGUGUAAAUUCCUGUGUGUAGAAUACAAAUUUGCAAAAAUUCUAAAAAAUUAAAAAAAGUUACAAGAUGUUAUGUGGCAUGCUUAAAGUGGAAUUCUGCUAUUUUCCCUUGUGCCAAUGUAAAAAAAACACAUUAUUAUUAUUAUUAUUAAUAUUAUUGUCAGCAUUCAACUUUUUUGUGUGGUAGGGUCAAUAAAAUAAAAUAUCGAUCAUGUGCUUGGUCAAUAUUUUCGACUACA